UUGUUUUGUAGUUUGCUAAAGUUUCGAAACUAGAGAGGUAGUCAGUUUUCUUGAGCUGUUUGAGAAAUGGAGAAAGCCGAAUACGUCAACAUGCCUAGGAGGCAAAUGAGAGCUCAACAACAAAUUCAAGAUGAAGAUGAAGCCAUCGAGACGGCAGUGAAAAUGUUCAGCUUGGAAAACGCGGCUGAUCGUGUCUUCCAUCGUAAAAAGAAAAUGGUUGGCGAAUUGGAUGAUGAAGAAGUCGAUGGAGACAGACAGAAUGAUAAUCGCAAUCAACUGGCCGUUUUGCCAAGCGAUUUCGAUGAUGAUUUCGAGUGCACAGGUGAGGAGAUGGAAGAUUGGCUGAGGAAACUUCACAUCCGGACGCAACAUCUCGUUGGUAAGGUAACACUGACAGGAAUGAGUCGGUUGGCAGCCACCAAUCACGUCGCAACGGCUCUCACGCGUUUCAAAGGGAAAUAUCGAAUCGAUACGGGUAAAGAUGAGUCGAACGAAGACAAUUCCUUAACUGGAACAGAUCAAUCGUUACCUGUAACAACACCACCAAUCCAAACGCCUAAGGUAAUCGAUAAAGAAAAUCCAAGUAAAGAGGAAGCCGUGCGAUCGAAGAAGAUAGUAAAGCAAUCAACAGAACACAGAGUACAGAAACGUAAGGAAAAUUCCAGCUCUAAGGUGGUGGUCGUCAGCAGUCACAUACGUAAAGCAACGAGGGCAUCGAUUCCGGCCGCAUCUGCUAUCUCCACUGAUGGCAUUCGAAAAACGACUAAUGUGAAAAUUACUAAAAACCUACGAUCCAUCCCCAGCAAAUCAAAGAUUCAGUGAUCAAUUGUUUAAUCCUAUUUAAUUUAUAACACGAAUUUGUAUGGUUGUUGCGUUGCUUGUUGAUGUUCACUCACCACGGUGGCCCUGCUUUUUAUCGAUCAACUUCCUCGUCAGUGUAUUGCAUUUCAGAACUUUAUCCGUAG